UACGCUCACAUACCUUUCAAACGAACAAGACGAUAACACAACAAAAUGACGCUUCUCUCCUUCUUCUCCACCUCCACUGAGAUGUUUCCAUGGCUUCUUCUUCUCCUUCUACUUCCUCCACUCCUCAUCAUCUUCAAAACCUAUCUCCUCCCCUCCUACAAGAACCUCCCGCCAGGCCCACCAAAGCUACCCAUCCUAGGAAACAUCCACCAGCUCGGAAACCUCCCCCACCGCACCCUCAGAGAUCUCUCCCUCAAACACGGCCCCGUCAUCACCGUCUACCUCGGAAGCGUCCGCACGGUGGUCGUCCACUCCCCGGAGACGGCGGAGGAAGUCCUGAAAGCCCACGACUCCGACUGCUGCACCCGCCCCAACCUCUCCAUCACCAAGAGCUUCUUCUACGACGGCCUCGGCCUAGGCUUCACCCAGUGGGGAGGCUACUACAGAGACGUCCGCAAGCUCUGCGUCCUCGAGCUCUUCUCCGUCAAACGCGCCAACUCGUUCCGCGCCAUAAGGGAGGAGGAGCUGAGCCGGUUAGCGGACUCGCUAUCCGGCUCGGCCGCCUCCGGAUCCCCGGUGGAUCUGACGGCGAAGCUGGCCAAGUACGUGGCCAGCUUCACCUGUCGGAUGGCCUUCGGGCUGAGUUUCGUCGGGAGCGGGAUGGACAACGAGAGGUUUCUCGAGAUCUUCACGGAGGCGAACAGGGUGAUCGGGAAGUUCGCGGCGGAGGAUAUUUUUCCGGUGUUUGGGUGGGUCGUUGAUCGGGUCUCGGGGCUUGAGGGUAGCAGGAGGAAGAGCUUUCGAGCUCUGGACACGUUUUACCAGAAAGCUAUUGAGGAUCAUCGAGAGAAGAAGAAGAAGACUGGGGGAGAUGAGCGUGAAGAUCUUAUUGACGUGUUGCUCAAGCUACAGAGUCAAGAAACCAAACUCGGGUCUACGCGGAUCACUGAUAAACACAUCAGAGCUAUUCUUAUGGAUUUAUUUGUAGCAGGCAUAGACACAUCUGCAAUAACAAUGGAUUGGACAAUGGCUGAGAUUGCAAGACACCCAAGGGUGAUGAAGAAAGUACAAACCGAGAUACGUGAGCGUGUAGGAGACAAGGGAAAAGUGACAUACGAGGAUCUCGAAGGCCUAGAGUACAUGAAAAUGGUGAUCAAGGAGACUUGGAGGUUACAUGCACCGAGUCCAAUCCUGAUUCCAAGAGAGGCAAUGUCGAGAUUCAAGAUCAAGGGCUAUGACAUAUACCCUGGAACACGGAUUCAUGUUAACACAUGGGCUAUUGGACGUAGCCCUGAUGUGUGGAAGGAUCCUGAUGAGUUUAUCCCGGAGAGAUUUUUGGAUAGCAAUGUUGAAACUAAAGGGACGAGUUAUGAGUUGUUGCCGUUUGGGAGUGGACGGAGAGGUUGUCCGGCGAUGUAUAUGGGAUUGAGUACGGUGGAGUUCACUUUGGCGAAUCUUUUGUACCAUUUUGAUUGGAAAGUGACGGAGGAAGUGAGUGUUGAUGAAGCGCCUGGUCUCACUAGCCACAGGAAGCAUCCUCUUCAUCUUGUUCCUGUUAAUGUUAUUAACCGCGUGUCUUAAGAGUCUGGGAAACAAGCAGUUUGCUUUGCAAAGAAUAAUGGCCAAUCAAGUUUGUUUGUUUGUUUGUUUUAGGAUCUUGUACUGUCAACAGAAAGUUCAAAUAAAGUGGCCAAGGAGUUAAGUUGACUGCUA